AGGUAACUGGUGUAAUUUGAAGUAGUCACCAUGGAUCGUGACAUUGUUGACCAGCAUCUCAGGGUCAUAAGAAAUCCAUCUGGGUGGGAAAUAGGUGUCUAUAUUACUGGUGCUCUUGCUCUCCUGGGAAUAGCUGGAGUAAACUUAUGGAAGUUAUGGAAAUCGGGUGGCUAUCCUGCACCUUCUCCAUUUCCAAACUAUGACUACAGAUACCUAGAACAAAAGUAUGGGUCCACAUAUUCUCAAAUCAAACAAAAGAGGGCAGCAAGCAAUCUCCGAAAGGCAGGAGAAAGAAUAUUUCCUGUCUGCAAACAAAGCUUGAAAACGGACGAUGCCUUUGAAAAUAUUAAUGAGUUGGGCACCUUGGAGCUAAUGAACAAAGACCUCGAGCUAACUCCUUAUGGGCCAUUGAGAAAAUCAAUCUCCACUGACUCUCUAACUUCUGUCUCCUCCAUUGGAAAUAACUUUGGCCAGGAGUUCACAGUGGGACAAAUUGAAGUUAAUAUGGAAUACAAUGUGAAUUCGAAUACCCUGUACGUCACCUUGCUGCAGGGAAAAGAUCUGAUGGAGAAGGAAGAUGUUAAUUUUGAAUCCUGUUUUGUGCGCAUCAGUUUACUUCCAGAUGAGCAGAUUGUUGGCAUUUCUAGGAUUCAAAGAAGUGCUUACUCGGUCUUCUUUGAUGAGAAGUUUUCCAUUCCCUUGGAUCCUUCCACGUUGGAGGAAAACAGCUUGAGAUUCUCUGUUUUUGGCAUUGAUGAGGAUGAGAGAAACAUCAGCACUGGUGUGGCUGAGUUGAAAUUGUCCGACUUGGGUAUCUUUGUCCGGCCUUUCAAUGCCUGGCUUUAUCUGCAAGACAUGAAUAAGGCAACUGAUUCGGUGUGUGAAAUCCUGCUGUGUCUUAGCUAUUUACCCACAGCAGAGCGAUUGACUGUAGUUGUGGUUAAAGCCAAGAAUCUUGUGUGGGCUAAUGGAAAAAUGACUGCAGAUCCUUUUGUCAAAGUGUACUUGCUGCAAGAUGGGAGGAAGAUCAGCAAGAAAAAAACUGCAGCAAAGAGAGAUGACACAAACCCAGUGUUUAAUGAGGCCAUGAUUUUUUCAGUGCCAGCAAUUGUCCUGCAGGAGCUGUCUCUUCGGGUGACGGUCGCACAAUGCUGUGAAGAUGGGAGAGCUGAAAAUAUUGGCCAUGUUGUCAUAGGCCCGGCUGCAGGAGGCAUGGGCAUCACUCACUGGAAUCAAAUGUUGGCUACCUUGAGAAAACCUAUAUCCAUGUGGCACCCACUUCGACAAAGCUAAGGGUGUACCUGCACCUCACCGAAAAUAAUCCAACACGGUGCUUAAAUAAAUAACUUCGGGUGGCCGAUGCUGUUGGAAUAAUGAAUUUGCGAGACCAUAAGAGUUUUUUUUAAAUCUAAAUAUUCCUCACAAAUAAUAAUAGCAGUGAUGAUGGGUUGCCAAAGGAGACUACCCAAGCCUUGGAAAAGUAUCAUAGCUAAAACAAUAAGAGAGAAGAUAUAUAAUACAGACGGAUACCUGGUAGCUGAUGGACAAAUAAGACUUUUGAUUCCGUCAUUCUAACAUCACCAACUUGGAGAGCCAAUUAUUCUUGAAGUUCUUUCACACUGAAUCUUGCAUUUCCACAUUAUUUUUCUCCAUUGAAGAAGACUUAUGCAUUUGACUGUGUUUCAAACAUGUUGACUUGGAAGUCAGAUUCUUGGGAGUGAAUGGGCCCUGCCUUGAUAUAAAUAUAUGGAACACAAUUUUAUACUUCAUUCCUUCUCACAUUUGUUGGGAAUCAAGUUUGGAUUAUUUCAAAUAAAUUUGGGCAAAAUUACUUCCAACUAAAGUUGCUUAAGUCACAUUUUGGGGCCACCAUUGUCACAUGCUUCUUAUCAUGAUUGAGAUUCAAGUACUGUUGUCCUGUUUGCCUUUUUUGGAGAAGAAAACUAAAAGGCUCGUAUUUGACUAAAUAUUUGACAGAGUGAACUUUUUAUAAAGAAAAAUGUGCAUCAUUAGACAUGUGGACUACUGCUUG